AUGUUUCGGUCCUUUCACGUCGAUUUUGUUGUGUGUCGGACCGCAGGAUAAUAUCGACAAAAAUCAUCUAAACUGGUUGGUUAUUAUUACAAUUAAAAUGUAUUUUCUUAAAGAUUUAUUUAAAACCUUGUAUUCUGUGAAAUUUUAGAUUUAAAAUUUUAAGCGGUACCACUUAUAUUUGAUAUUAAUAUAUACUCAUGCCCAAAAGCCGCAACCUUUCCGUAUUAGAUUCUAACUCCUUUAAAAUACCCAACAAAUCUUUAAAGUAACACCUAUUCUUCCACUAAUUUAAUCAAAUUUAAUUAUUAAAGUAGUCUAAUAAUUAUUUUAUGAUGAUAAUGAAGAUGAUGAAGUAUUAAUAUCUUGAAAUUUUUCAGUCGCAGAAAUGGCGCUUAAGCGUAAUAACAUGAUCCCCAAUGCCCAUUUCCAUAAACAUUGGCAAAGAUGGGUAAAAACCUGGUUCAACCAACCUGCCAGAAAAGAACGUCGUCAAAAGAAGCGUUUGCAAAAAGCGACAAGAGUAGCUCCUCGUCCUGUUGCUGGAGCACUUAAACCCAUGGUUAAGUGUCCCACGUUCAGGUACAACAUGAAAGCUCGAUUGGGACGUGGCUUUACUUUGGAAGAACUAAAACAAGCCGGUAUCAACAAGAAACAAGCUAGAACUAUCGGUAUUUCCGUUGAUUACAGACGUAGAAACAAAUCUGUUGAAGCCCUUCAACAAAACGUUCAGCGUUUGAAGGAGUACAGAAGCAAACUUAUCUUGUUCCCCAAGAAGUUGAAGAACCCAAGAAAGGGAGACGCUUCGGAAGCCGAAAUGAAGUUAGCUAAGCAACAAAGGGGAACUUUGAUGCCACUUAGCUCAAAGGUCAAGGGUGAAAAAGCUAAGAAAAUCGCCAGCAUCUCAGCAGAUGAGAAGAAAUAUUCAGCUUUCAGAGCUCUACGUGUAGCUCGGGCUAACGCUCGUCUUGUCGGUGUACGUGCAAAGAAGGCUAAAGAAGCAGAAAACAGAUAA